AUGGGGAAGCCGAAACAUGAUGACAGUCAAAUUUUUGUGCGUACAUCUUCGCCAACAUCGAUAUUACCAUCGCCAGUCGAUUUAGAUAUGAAUUGGCAUACAGCAUUGAGUCAAUCCGAUCCAAGUCUACAGUCACGUCAAAAUCCGUGCACUCAACGAUCCCCUACAAAUGGUUAUAAUACAUCGUCGUACAAAGUUUCUAUCGGACAUGAAACAGUGAAUAUAACUGAAAUUGCACGUCAUGGAGAGCCAACAAUAAACCCAAAAAAGACCGUUACGCCAGCUGAACGACGUCGUUUCAUUGCAGCACGAAAAGGUGCUGAUGUUCUUAGUCUAUGCUUCAUGUGUUUUGUUUCUGCUUCUCUCAUACUUAUUGCUAUAUCGACAAUGCAUUUAUUAGUGAAAACAAAUUAUAUGAAUAACAACGAUCUUGUUCCACUUUUACUUCAAUCAACAAAUAUGACACCAGGCUUUUUGUAUAUGUUUGGUUCGCCAGUUUCAACAGCAGAUUCAGCAUCGAAUAUUCUCGUUGCAGUCUACGAUCGUACCAUACGCGAUUUAGCGACUGUUAUAUGUUUGUUGAUAGUCGUACUUAAUUGUUUUUGCUUAUUAGUAUUCAGUAUAGAAAUUUAUCUUGGUUGCAAUGCGGUUAAAACUAAAACUAGUUCAUAUCGCUUUGUUUUCAGUUCUUCAACAUCAAGAUUUAUUGCUAUAUGUUGUUUUUAUGCAUCAAUACCAGCAUUAAUACUUGUCAUGUGCUUAUUUAUCUUAUUAAAUAUGACAUUGAUACCGGCAAUUAUUUCAUUAGCUAUUCUUGGUCUUGGCCUGACUUUUAUUCUUAUUACUUUGUUGACAUAUUUUGCUGCCUGGCAAAACAAUAAUUUCUCAACAACAAACGAUAAACUAGCUGGCAUUAAUUCAAUUAUAUAUCGUAAUAUUGGUGUGAAUCAUAUAGGUGAAGAUGAUAUUGAUCUUGCUAAAGCUGAUGAACUUUCAACACUUGUAUAA